AUGCUUACAUCUUUUGAAAAGGUCAGCAGCUCUCAGGAGCUGUCUGCCAGCUUAGUCAAAGCAUUUACAAGAGAGGACCACGAAGGACUUCGACUCACAUCUUCCGUAUUGGUAGACUCGCUGCAGAAAACCUCCGGAUUGAACGAAGCCGGCCUGCCUUUGCAUCCGCGGUCAUUCGUUGACUGGAUCAAGGCGCAAGCCGAAAUCAUUACUCAAGGCCGAGCUCCUUUUGCCGACCUCACGGCAUUGGAGCAGGCUCGUGCGAAUGAUGAGCUCAAGCAGGUCUUAUUCGAUGGGGUAGCCAGGCAAAGUGCCCGGGAAGAGCUUCUUACUCGAGUUGGGACCAAUAUUGUACCUAUUUUGACACCAGAAGUCGACGCCUUGGAACUCAUGUUUGGGAGUGACGAUAUAAUGAGUACAACAUGCGACGAAGGCCUACCCGGAGACGUUGCUACCCGAGUACUUGUCGCACGACCAGUCUCGCAUGAAGAUUCUCGAAGUCGGAAUUCCGGUGGACAAGAUCCCGCGAGCGGCAUUUUUCCUAUUGAUACGUACAACUUCACUGACAUGUCUGGCGCAUUCUUUGAACGCGCAAAAUCUCGCUUUUCCGACUGGUCCGACGUUCUGCGCUACCAGACCUUUGACGUCGAAAAGGAUCCAGCACUCCAAGGAUUCGAACUCGCAUCUUAUGACCUUAUUAUUGCGACUCAUUCUCUUAACACAAACUAUCUAGCGACACAUGGUCUGGUGCCUAGCGGCGUGAUUAGUGGAGGAGAACUUAUCGUAAUCGAAAAUGUCAAGCCGCAACUGAUGUGCACGCCGCUGGCGUUUGGUGUACUGCCGGGAUGGUGGCGCGGCAUCGAGUCCUAUCGUCAAUCAAACACUCUUGUAGACCAAAAUCAAGGGGAAGUGGAACUGGAGCAAGCUGGUUUCAAGUUGAGGCUGCACAUACAAGACACAGACGAGGCCGCCAGCCACGAGACGUCGGCGACCAUUGCAUCUUCACAGCAGGGUCUUGACAAAACAUCUGAGCAUCGCUACAAAUGCGCAAUCACCUACCAUGCCGACUACAUCUCGCAGCUACAGCUUGCUGGAGAGUGUGCCUCAACGCUGGCCAACGUUCUUGAAUGCGACUGUUCGUUGGACCCCGACUUCCAACAGGUCAAGUUGGUACUCGGAACUUGCAUAAACAUGAUAUGGGUCUCGGGCAAUCCGGCAGACGAGUCGAAGGCGGCAAUGUGUCGUGGUUUAAUCCGAAGUGCCAGAUGGGAGCGCGAUCAGGAUACAGUCAACUUCAUCAAGCUUGGGAUAUGCAAUUCAUUACCUCCCCACUCUGUCAUUUCGGAACAAGUUGCUCGUGUGGCUCGGCAAGCCUUCAUCUCUAAGGGUGUGAUACCUGCGUACGGUGAAUACGCCAUGAAGGAUGGAGUACUCUUGACAAACAGGCUUCUACCUGCCAAGAAAAUCAACAAGGCUGUUGAUAGGAGAUCGGAACCGAACAAUAAAUCUGUCAAGUUUGGUGCCAUCUCCGAAGGGAUCAAGCUUACUUCAAUUGACCCUCAUAAACCGCAGGCAUUCCAUUUCAUUCGUGACGAACUGGUGGAGAGCCCCUUGGGCCAUGAUGAAGUUCAGCUGAAAGUACAUGCCGCUGGCGUCAGACGAGAAGACCUCGUUGAAGCUAGUCGUCUGAUACCCGGGCAAGGCAUAGGCCGAGAUUGUGUUGGUGUUGUGACUGAAAUUGGGUCAUCCGUAACAGACCUUUCUGUUGUCGAUCGGGUCAUGGCCGUGAGGAACAUUCGAUCGAGCGGCUCUCUGUCAAGUCUUUUCCGCGCCCAUUGCAGCGCAGUCCAGAAGAUCCCAGACGAGAUCGAAUAUCUCGAGGCUGCAACAGUCCCCUGGAGCUUCUGCACCGCCUAUUACUGCAUUGUCAAAUUGGCCCAUGUGCAACCGGGUGAAACCAUCAUGAUCCAGUGCGCAGACAACCCCAUCGGGCAAACGGCUAUUCAACUCGCCAUGUCCGUCGGCGCCAACCUGCUAUGUACCGCGUCUUCAAACGGGGAAAAGCUCGCUCUGGCGUCUCGAUAUAACCUCAACCAGGCAGUUGUCUUCUCGAAUGACCAAGUGCCAUCGGACGUGGAGGCUAUCCUUUCUUCAAAUUGCAGUGGAGGAAUUGACAUAUAUCUGAACUGUGAUCCGGCAGGUAUCUUCGACGUGUACCAAUCACAUGCAACCCCCCUUUGUCGCGUCGUCGAUCCCCAUGGCGCGUCUACCGCUGAUAUUCUCUCUUUGAAUGACCUUGCCAAGGGAAGUAUUUCUUAUACAUCCGUCGACAUGGAUGCAGUAGCACAGUCCCGGCCCAAACUCAUCCAAGAGGCACUUCUAGACACCUGGCGUCGGCUCUCUUCCUCUCUAGUCAAACCCCUAAGAGAUGUUGACGUAUUAGGAUUCUCGAAACUUCCAAAAGCUGUCCUCCGGUUUCGCGAUAGAGAGUCAAAAAAUCCCUCCAUGUUUGCUUUCCAGCCUCAAGAUGAUGAACUGGUCCCCGUAAGUGUUUCUCGUACACGUUGA